UUUAGCUGUUCACUUACCCCGUGAAGCCAAACUUGGAGGGCCUGUCCAACAUAGGUGGAUGUACCCUUUUGAAAGGUACCUCGGAAGUCUCAAAGGAACCGUGAAAAAUAAAGCCUAUCCAGAAGGUUCAAUUGCAGAAACAUAUAUUGUCAAUGAAAGUUUAACUUUCUGCUCCUUAUAUCUUGAUGGGAUUGAAACAAAAUUCAAUCGACCGGAUAGGUAUUAUGAUGGAGAAAAUCCUGCUCAUGACAGGUUAUCCAUAUUUUCCCAUAAAAUUCGUCCAAUUGGAUCGCCUCUAGGUGCCACUUUGACAAGGGAUCAAUAUAAUUUGGUUCAUUGGUAUGUUCUUGACAAUUGUGAUGAAUUGCGACCAUUUUUGCUUGAGCAUGAGGAAGAGCUAAAAAGAAGAAAUCCGUCAAACCUCUUUGAGAGACAGAAAGUUGAAUUUCCAUUAUGGUUUAGAAAAAAAAUGAAGAACUUGCAUGAUCAAGGAGACUGUCAAGUGAACAAAGAUCUAUAUUCACUUGCAAUGGGGCCAGAUAUUCGUACCACCAUGUAUCCAGGUUGUAUAGUCAAUGGAGUUAAGUUCCUAACUAAGGAGCGUGAUAGUCGUCGAAAGACGCAAAAUAGUGGUAUACGUACUGAGGGAGAGCACAAUAAUAAGUCAUGCAGCUAAGAUAUAGGGGAAAUUGCCAAGUUCUUUUAUUUGGGUGUGAAUGGUUUGAUUCUAGGACAGCUCGCUGUGAUAAGUAUUUCACAAGUGUUAACUUUGGGAAAAAAUGGUAUGCAAAUGAACCUUAUGUUCUUGCUACUCAGGCCACCCAAGUUUUCUAUGUUAAGGACACAAAAUUGGGUGGAGAUUGGCAUGUAGCUCUUGUUGCAGAUCACAAACAUAUAUGGGAUCCAUCACUUUUCCAACCUACUGAAGAAAAUGAUCCUGAAGAUGCAUUUGGUAAUCAUGAAGCAUACCAACAGAAUGAGUGUUCAGAAAUCAUGUUUGAAGUUCAAGACUAUGAAGCAUUUUCAUUGGACAGAGCUGAUGUUGACCCAGAAACCAUUGAUUUAGAGGAUACUGCACCGGGUGACAAAGCUGAGAAUGAGUUGGAUGAUUUCAUUAAUGAUGAUAUGAUUGAUGAAGAGUCAGGAAGCACAAGAGAAAGUGAAGAAGAACCUUAUUUGAGCUUUAGUUCUGACAGUGACAUAGAGUGACUUAUGACAUUUUUUUUGUAAAAAUGAAGUGUAU